UUUCACCGACACUGCAUUCAAGGUGUGAGCCUUUCAACAGAUCUACAAGGACUCACCACUCACAGGCAUCCACGGUAGAGGGGACAGUAGCGUGGUCAGCUGCAUCAUGCGGACAACGUUCAACUUACUGAUUCUGCUAUUUCUUUGGAUGGAAGCGUCUGAAGGUGGCUGGACUUGUAAACAGUACCUCUCCCACGGUAGUAGCUUUUACAUCACUUACUACUGCCCUCAUUACUGCUGCGGUUCACUAUAUGACGACGACUGCUGCUUCUACGACCCACGUAGUUCCUGGAGUUCUUGGACCACUUCGAGCACUUCGAGCCCGUCGCGCUGGAGUGGCUCCUCAUCCAAAUCUAGUCCCAGCAAUGUUGGAAAGAUUGUGGGGUAUUCGAUCGGCGGCAUUGCAACAUUUCUUACAUUAGUUUGUGCCUGCUUGUCAAUCAGCAAGAAGAAAAGCAGGGUACAAUCAUACCCAAGGAAUCUGGAUACCCACCCAACAGUUUCAGGUAUCACCUCCUCUAACCAAUAUCCAGGGACUACCGGCCCAGCAUCAACCUCACCAUCAGCUGCAAGGACACCGGCACAGUCAGCACUGCCAGGCAUGAUCCAUGUCUAGAUUAGACAAGAUAAAUGACCAUCCGCUCUUCUUCUUCAGAGAUGUGGAAUGACUUGGUCAGCGAAUCAACAGCGAUCAUGUUGUUUUGUCAGUACUACCGAUAGGCCAGAAUAUGCCUAGUACAGUUUUCACGAACAUUUGGUGUCGUCACGGAUUUUCAGUGAUCCAUUUAUAAUUUUCAUCGCCUUUUCCCGUUUUAUGCUCGAUAGAAUCUGUUUCGUCAGAUAACCGAAACUGGUGAAUGUCUGUUUUUGACUAUUAAUAUUCAGAAUACAUUUGAAAUAAAAUGUGUGUAUUUUCUCGUU